ACACAGACAGAGGCCAGCCCAGAACCAGCCAACUCUCACUGAAGCCAGAUCUCUCUUCCUCCACCACCAUGCAGGUCUCUGUCACGCUUCUGGGCCUGUUGUUCACAGUUGCUGCCUGUAGCAUCCACGUGCUGGCUCAGCCAGAUGCAGUUAAUGCCCCACUCACCUGCUGCUACUCAUUCACUGGCAAGAUGAUCCCAAUGAGUCGGCUGGAGAACUACAAGAGAAUCACCAGCAGCAGGUGUCCCAAAGAAGCUGUAGUAUUUGUCACCAAGCUCAAGAGAGAGAUCUGUGCUGACCCCAAUAAGGAAUGGGUCCAGAAGUACAUUAGAAAACUGGACCAGAACCAAGUGAGAUCAGAAACUACAGCCUUCUAUAAAAUUGCAUCAACCCUAAGGACUUCAGCACCUUUGAAUGUGAACUUGAUCCAUAAACCUGAAGCUAAUGCAUCCACUCUCUUUUCCACAACCACCUCAAGCACUUCUGUAGAAGUGACCAGUGUGACAGAGAACUAGUGUGAUUUGGAAUGUGAUGCCUUAAGUAAUGUUAAACUUAUUUAACUUAUUGAUAUUACACUAUUCCCUUCCAUGAAUACUAGAAUUCCUUAAAUGCAAGAUGUAGAUCCAUUUUGUUUUAUUUCUCUGUGAAUCCUGGUUCAACACUUUCAAUGUAUGAGAGAUGACUUUUGUAAGGAUGAAUGGGUAAACUUUGUGUUUGAGAUUCCAAGGUAUUGUUUAAAAUAUUAUUAUGGAUAUUCCUAAUUAUUAAAAGAAAUAUAUUAUUUUUGUACACAA